AUGGAGCGCUGCUGCGCGGCGCCUCUCCAGCCCUCUGUCUUCGACGGGUUGGGCGCCGCCACCGCCGCCGGUGCCGGCAGCCGCGGCGGCCGCAGGAGCCAAGAUAGGGGAGGGGAAAGAAUCAGGAUACAGCACGCUUCGUUUACACGGGCGAGCGGUGGCCGUGCUUCAGAUAACAUAGUUCCUGCCCAGCUCCUUACCGCACUCGGUGCAAAUGCGGCGGCGAGGCAUGGGAAAGGCCAAGUCGGAGAACCGCCGGACGAGGUCCUCGCUGCCGGCCACCGCCCUCGGCUCCACAAUCACCACGUCCUCCUCCUCACCCUCCACAAACCCCGAAGAAACCGACUCCCAUCGCCGGACAUCCUACCAGAGCUCAUCGCAUUGAUCGCGAGCCGGCUGACGACCCUCGAGGACUUCUUCGCCCUCGUUACCGCCUGUUGCGCCUACCGGGCUCACCUCCCGUUGUCAUCGUCCAACCUCGCCUCGCAGGGUCCGCUCCUCCUCGUCCACCACAAGACCUCUGCCUCGGAAGCGCUCUUCCACGUCCCCCUCUGCCGCAUCCUCCACUUCCGCCUCCCGCGCAGCCCCGUGGCCCAUGCACGCCGCAGCUCCACCUGCUUCAGCCGGCUCUUCACCCCCAAAGAAGUCACCCGCACCUGCUUCUACUCCUUCGGCUGUCGUGUCGCCAUCAGAAACAUCUUUACCACCAGCCGCCCCGAGUUUCGCAUCUGCAACCUCCUCACAGGUGAGCGAGCAAGCCUGGCCCAUCCCCCGACGAGACCCAUUGGAGGUGUUCUCUUUUCUGGCGACCUCGUCCUCGCCUUCACGCCAUGGCACCGUGACAUCUACUACUGCCGCAUUGCGGAUGCUCAGUGGCAAGUGGCUUGGUGCGAUGAAGGCUACCACCUUUACAGUCUGAUUUUCGUGAAAGGCACCCUCUACGCGUUGAUUUAUCCAAAUUAUCGCCUUGCUGUUGUCAAGCUUGCCAACAAUUCGGUGGUAUUGUCAUUUCUUGGUGAUGAACUUAGCGCACAGACAAUUCCAUAUAGUUCGGUGGCCUGGCUCGCAGAGUGUCAUGGUGAGCUAUUGCUAAUUGUCAAAACCAAGUUGUAUCGUGUUUUCGAGUGGCAAUCCGGGGGGAGGAAGUGGUCGAGGACACAUAGCGUUGGUGGUUGUAGCUUGUUCUUUAAUAGGCAUGAGUUUGCUGGUUGCCUUGGUCCAGAUCAUCCGGGACUUCGAAGAGACUGCUUAUACUUUACUGGAAGCUUUGGGAAUUGGAGCGAGUAUUCUUUGGCUGAUAGAUCUUCGUAUGAAAUUGUCGCCGACUACCCAGGGCGAGCACUAUGGGAGGAUUGUGUUAUUCUUUAG